AUGGAAUUCAGAGUUUUGAACGCACUGUUUUUCAUCUUUCUGCUGAUCAAUGAAGGCCCUAUAGGAGGUCAUUCCCAGCAGGGGAUUGAAGACAAUGAAAGCUGGACAGAAAAAGCUUGUAAGUGUGACUGCAGCACAGAAGAGCCCACCACUGAAAUGACCACCAUGAUGACUGGCUCAGGAUGGAACCAAGAGCUUCAGUGCAUGCCAGAAUGCCAAUACCACAGACCCCUGGGCUUUGAGGCUGGAUCGGUUACAUCAGACCAAAUCAGCUGCUCUAAUCAGGACCAGUUUACAGGCUGGUUCUCUUCUUGGACCCCCAAUAAGGCCAGACUUAACAACCAGGGUUUUGGAUGUUCCUGGUUGUCUAAGUAUCAGGACACAAACCAGUGGCUGCAAAUUGACCUAACGGAGGAGAAAGUGGUGUCCGGAAUCCUUACCCAAGGACGCUGUGAUGCAGACGAGUGGAUCACCAAGUACAGCAUCCAAUACAGAACCGAUGAGAAACUCAACUGGAUCUACUACAAAGACCAGACUGGCAAUAACAGGGUGUUUUACGGGAACUCGGACCGUUCGUCCUCAGUCCAGAACCUGCUGCGUCCGCCCAUUGUGGCUCGCUACAUUCGUCUCAUUCCUCUGGGAUGGCACACACGCAUUGCUAUACGCAUGGAGCUUCUGCUGUGCAUGAAGAAAUGCACCUAG